UUGUAAAAAGCAGGAAUCAGCUGAGGGUCCCGGUACGAUGGAGAGGUCAGGCAACUGCAGCCGCAGUGACAGAAAGCACAAAACCUCAAAUUCAGCCAGAAGCGCGGAAACCUAAAACAGGAAUCUUGAUGUUAAACAUGGGAGGUCCGGAGCGGCUGGAUGAUGUGCAUGAUUUCUUACUUCGCCUCUUCCUGGACAGAGAUCUAAUGACACUUCCAGCUCAAAAUAAAUUAGCACCACUCAUUGCCAAACGCCGCACACCAAAAAUCCAGGAGCAGUACAGCAGGAUUGGAGGUGGAUCACCGAUCAAGAAGUGGACAGCAGUGCAGGGAGAAGGCAUGGUGAAACUGCUGGACAGCAUGUCUCCUCGCACCGCGCCUCACAAAUACUACAUUGGCUUCCGGUAUGUCCAUCCUCUGACAGAAGAAGCGAUUGAAGAGAUGGAGAAAGACGGCAUUGAACGGGCUAUCGCUUUCACGCAGUACCCACAGUACAGUUGUUCGACCACAGGAAGCAGUUUAAAUGCCAUUUAUCGCUACUAUAAUAAAAAAGGGGAGAAGCCAAAGAUGAAGUGGAGUAUAAUUGACCGAUGGCCCACACAUCCCCUUCUUAUUCAGUGCUUCACCGAUCACAUACAGAAGGAACUGAACCUGUUUCCACCUGACAAAAGGAAAGAUGUCGUCAUCCUCUUCUCGGCUCACUCGCUGCCCAUGUCUGUAGUGAACCGUGGUGAUCCGUAUCCUCAAGAAGUGGGAGCUACUGUCCAGAGAGUCAUGGAGAAGCUGAACUACUCCAACCCUUACAGGCUCGUGUGGCAGUCCAAGGUUGGACCAAUGCCUUGGCUCGGUCCACAGACAGAUGAGGCCAUUAAAGGACUGUGCCAAAGAGGAAAGAAGAACAUGCUGUUGGUCCCAAUAGCAUUUACAAGUGACCACAUUGAAACGCUUUAUGAGCUGGACAUUGAGUAUGCCCAGGUUCUAGCGAAUGAGUGUGGAGUUGAAAAUCUCAGAAGAGCGGAGUCUCUUAACGGAAAUCCACUGUUCUCCAAGGCUCUGGCAGACUUGGUCUGUUCUCAUAUCCAGUCGAAUGAAGUCUGCUCGAGGCAGUUAACCCUCUGCUGUCCGCUCUGCACAAAUCCCGUCUGCCACCAGACAAAAGCCUUCUUCACCAAUCAACAGCUGUGACGGGCGGUCCAGGAGGGCGCCGCUGGAUUGUGCAGGAAAAUCGCCCUGGUGAAGCAGUGCAAAGGAAAGAAACAGCUUGACCAAACUCUCCACUGUUAAUAUCCUGCCAGGCUGGUGGUCUGGGAUGUUAACCUCAUGUAACAGUGAGGACCACUUGACUUUUUUUGUUUUAUUUUUUCUUACGUUUCCUUUGUUUGAGAAGAGUUUGUAGAAAGUAGGGAAAUAAGGGCGUUUAUCCUGUGAGAUGUGAAAAGAUCUCGUUUCAUCUGAUUCUGGUUGGACUUAGCAUGAGCCCAUAAGUACGCACUGAAAAACUUAAAAAACUUUUCUGCAAAUGAGCUUCUAUUUCCUAUGCAGGGAUUUAUUUGUAUGCAGUUUUGUCAUGAGUGCAUUAACUUCAGCUUUCCGGGUCAAGCAUACAGUUACUUGUUUUGUUUGUGCUUAAGGUACGGCAUAACCAGCAUAGUCACUGGUUGUCUCUCUGAGAGUGACUUUUCAGAUGGGUUUGAAGAUCAAGUGACUUCUAAUGCUUUUUAAAUAACAUGUGUAUUUUUUAGAACGUAAAGAUAAGGCUUUGUUUUGUUUUGUUUUGUUUUUAAUCCUGCCAGAAACUUACACUGAAAGCUUAGCUGGGAUAGUAGAGCGCACAAGAUUUGUUUACAUUUUCUAGGAAAAAACACUCUGGUUAUCUGCAGGAAAGCCUCUGCAUUUGAAGAGCAUAAACCAAAAGGAAUAAGCCUGCUUGGAUGACGCUGGGGAGUUGAAGCGAACUGUGUAUGCUUCACAUCUGGCAGCGAUCAGCAGUGCGUAUGGAAACAUGUUGGUUUAUCUUUUAAGCAAAAUGGCUUUUUAAAAUUAUUAUUAAAAAGGGCUUUUCUGUUUGGUUAAGUAAAUUUAGGAAGUCAGGCUUGCUCUCCAGAAGGUUUAUAGAUCUGCUCUAUGCUUUCUACUGUGCCACAGUGCUGUGGUUUUUGUGGGAUACCUAUGGAGUUCCAUAGGUACAAUUGAUUGAGCUUAAUUGAUGUUGUUAUUUAAAAGUGAGAUGAUCAGUCAGGAGUAAUUUACGUUGCAGAUGCCUGAGAGCAGGCAGCCCCGCAGGCUGACAGCUGUGCGCUUGUGCGUACCUUUGUCAAAAGCCAAAUUUUGUCUGUUAGAAUUUUGGCGCUGGUUGUGGGCCGGGAGUAUGCGCUCGUAACCCAGCUGAACUUCUGGCGUGUUUUGGCAGGCGUUUGGGUGCACCAGGACUGCUGAAUCCCCUCCAAAGUAGUGGUAGUUUUGCAGAGAGAAGAACCUUCUUAGGGCAGUAUUGCCUCACUGCCAGCACUGGUACUGGUGACUGGGUUAGUCUUGGGAUGGGAGGGGGCCUUUCCGAAAGGCUGGUGGCCACACAGCGUGCCUGAGCUUGGCACUUGAGCAGUUCAGGGCAGAAGUACCACAGCACCUCAGUCAGUGGUCCUCUGGCACCGGGACCUCUCCUCCUGGGUGGGACAGAGGAGGAGCAAAGCUGUGACCGUGUGCUGUGGGACCGAGCCAUACGUGUAUUAGUCUAGCUCUCAGCUUCAUGGGUGUAAAUGUUUACUUUAACUAAUUAGCACUGAAAUGCCAGUACUUUGGCAACGCAGGUCGUUUUCAGUAAACUGAUGAUUCAGCUAAUGGUGAUGUUUGAGAAGCAGAUGCCACGCUGCUCAGGCAGUUCUGUUUGCUUUUGUAGUCACGAGGCGUGAGCAGUUUGAACCUCUGAUCUUUCGAGGAUAGGGUGGUUUAAAAGAAAAUAGGCCUCUGUUGGUAUUACAGGGGUCUAUCUUCUAUUUUACAUUGAGAAAAUGAAACAUGGGCUACUAAAGAAAGGAGUGGGUGCUGUGUUGGUGAGCCCGUGGGCCAAGUACUGCCAUGGAGCGACGUAAAUCCUACUGUACAGCCUCGCUAGGGCCUGCGGCCUGACACGUCUUGAGAGCCGAUGGACGCGCCUCCACUGCCAUACUGCGGCUUCCCAGCGUGGCUGUGGUGAGACAGACUUGAAUUCCUUCAGUGCCAGAACCUCCUACGUUACUGCUGUCCCUCAUGGCUUUAGCAGAAAGAAGUCUUCCUUGGCCCUUCGUACCUCUGCCUCUUUCCGCGGCAGGGAGCCAGAAGCGGGGGCUUCUGUUCUCCCUUUCUUGCUCCGUUCUUGGUCUCUCCUCGCUGCCUUGGCGGGAAAAAGGAACGCAAAGCUGAUUCCUGCCCUGGCUCAGGUGGAGUAGGUGGGGUUAUCACGUGUAUGGAAGGGCGAAAUUUCCAUGUAAAAGCUUUGAAUCAUUGUCAAAAUAAUACAAAUGUCUGCAGCGUGUCUGGGAAGGGAACACUGGCCUUAUGUCUCUCGUUGGACAAAGAACUUUCUCGGUUCCCGUUUCUCUGCUUGACACUUACAGCUCAGAGGAAAACAGCCUGUUGCAUAAAAUCUUCCUACUGAUACCUCUUUCCUGCCAGCUGAAGGGGAGAUCGCCCUUCAAAUGCAGGUUGUGACCAGCACAUUUAGAGGUGUGGCUGAGGCUGGAAAGCGGAGGUUAACGUCCUGUGGACAUUGUGACACUAUAAAUAUAGAUUGGCUUUUUAUUUCCAUGCUGGAGAGUGCACUGAAAAUAUUAGCCGGCACUAAUGAUGAGGCAUUACGUUUGUCCCCAGUAAUAAAAGGUAUUUAAAAUUCACUUUUUAGUAUGCUAACCGCAAGUGGGAUAAUUACUGAGCCUAUUCCUGCUAUUAGACCAUAAUGCAGAAAUCACUUCAUUUUCUAGCUUUUCGCAGAUGGAUCUUGUCUCACAGCUUUGGUGGGGUUCUUUCUUUUGCUGAACAGGUCGUGUAAUACCACGCUGUCCUGCUAUUCAACACACGUCCUUUUGUCUUAGCGCAGCAGCAGGAGCCUGUUGGAACACUACCUGAGCGAGUUAGCUAGCAGCUCUGCUGAAUAUUCUUAACAGAAAUCAAGAUAACGGUGAGACCAACGUCGGUGGGAAUUCUGCUGCCACUGAAAUCUUCUAGCCCUGGGUUUUCUGUUUGGGGGCAUUUCUGACUAUGCCAACAGCGGAAUUCGCUUGCCCUGACUUGAGAUGCUUCCGAUCUGUGUGCCGACAGCUGAGCUGGUCUCCUAGGUACUGUUUCUGUCAGGAGAUUGUUCUAAUACCGUGUUUCUGAGAAGUUGUUCAUCUCUCAAAGCAGAUGUCCCCACGGGGCUGGCGUGAGUUUCACCGCGGUGCUGCCUCGGGCGGCGGAGGCGGCGGGAGCGCUAACUCGGAGGCAGUUGGCUGCGGUGCGCGUCUCUGACACGAGGAGAGACGCAUCCCGUCCCCUUACAUGCCUUCUUCCCCAGCACCCCGCCGGUGACGUGUGGCCGCUGCAUCUGGGAGGUUGCAGUCCCAACCCUACCGAUACGCGUGCCGUUUGCCCUCUGGCAGACGGUCAGCGCUUGGUGCUAACUCAGGACCCGCUCUCGCCAGAUCCUGAGCGCCUCCUGCUCUGGCGGGAUUGAUUUGAGCAUAUGGAAGCGUCAGCAUCGGGGAGACUCCAGUCCUCGGACGAUAAU